UAUUCUAGGGCUCGGGUUUUAGAGAGUAAAACUGAGAGCAGCGAUGGACGAAGAGGAGCACGAAGUGUACGGUGGCGAAAUUCCGGAGAUGGAAGCUGACGUGGACCUUCAUCAUGCUGACGUCGACAUGUCAACUGCUGUUGACGACGACGCCGUUAAGGAUUUGGAUGAGAUGAAGAAGAGAUUGAAGGAGAUGGAAGAGGAAGCUGCUGCGCUUAGAGAGAUGCAAGCUAAAGUCGAAAAAGAGAUGGGAGCUGUUCAAGCAGAUCCUGCCAAUGCAGCUGCUACCCAGGCAAGCAGGGAAGAGGUGGAUUCACGCUCCAUAUACGUUGGGAACGUUGAUUAUGCAUGCACACCUGAAGAAGUCCAGCAGCAUUUUCAAUCAUGCGGGACAGUGAACAGGGUGACUAUUCUGACAGAUAAGUUUGGGCAGCCCAAGGGUUUUGCAUAUGUUGAAUUUGUUGAAGCAGAAGCUGUUCAAGAGGCUCUGUCCCUGACGGAAUCAGAACUUCAUGGCCGUCAAUUGAAGGUGAUGGCUAAAAGAACAAAUGUCCCUGGGAUGAAGCAGUACCGAGGCAGACGUUUUAACCCAUACAUGGGUUACAGAUCUAGAAGGCCAUAUGUACCACCUUAUUUCUACUCUCCGUACGGAUAUGGGAAGGUUCCCAGGUUCAGGAGACCAAUGCGCUACAUGCCUUACUACUGAAAUGCUGUACGCAUCCUGUUGCAGUAAAUGAUGAGAAGCAGCUAUAAUAAUAUAUCAAAACUUUGUUACGGUUUAACAAUGAGACUUGUAUCUAAAUUAUCUGCUUGUGAUGUUACUGUAGCUGAGAGUCUUCCUUUUAUGUCAAUGCUUUUACUUUAAGAGGCUGGUCUAAAUCCCUAUCAGUGACACGCUUUUAUUUAAGUAUUGUGGUUUACUCAGUGCUUGAUAUCUCAUCGUUUGAUAUUUAGUUAUUUUUUAUUUUAAAAAAUAUUUUGA